GGAGCGAGCGCGCAGCAGCCGGUGCGCGGCCGCGGCGAGGGCGGGGAAAGAAAAACACCCUGUUUCCUCUCGGGCCCCCACCGCGGAUCAUGUACCAGGAUUAUCCCGGGAACUUUGACACCUCGUCCCGGGGCAGCAGCGGCUCUCCUGCGCACGCCGAGUCCUACUCCAGCGGCGGCGGCCAGCAGAAAUUCCGGGUAGAUAUGCCUGGCUCAGGCAGCGCCUUCAUCCCCACCAUCAACGCCAUCACGACCAGCCAGGACCUGCAGUGGAUGGUGCAGCCCACAGUGAUCACCUCCAUGUCCAACCCGUACUCCCGCUCGCACCCCUACAGCCCCCUGCCUGGCCUGGCCUCUGUCCCUGGGCACAUGGCCCUCCCGAGACCGGGCGUGAUCAAGACCAUCGGCACCACUGUGGGUCGCAGGAGGAGAGAUGAGCAGCUGUCCCCCGAAGAGGAGGAGAAGCGUCGAAUCCGGAGGGAAAGGAACAAGCUGGCCGCUGCCAAGUGCCGGAACCGACGUCGGGAGCUAACAGAGAAGCUGCAGGCGGAGACGGAGGAGCUGGAGGAGGAAAAGUCGGGCCUGCAGAAAGAGAUCGCCGAGCUGCAGAAGGAGAAGGAGAAGCUGGAGUUCAUGCUGGUAGCCCAUGGGCCUGUGUGCAAGAUCAGCCCCGAGGAGCGCCGAUCGCCCCCCGCCUCUGGGCUGCAGCCCCUGCGUGGCGGGGGCGGCGGAGUGGGCGCCGUGGUGGUGAAGCAGGAGCCCCUGGAAGAAGAUAGCCCCUCAUCCUCAUCAGGGGGGCUAGACAAGGCCCAGCGCUCUGUCAUCAAGCCCAUCAGCAUUGCCGGGGGCUUCUAUGGGGAGGAGCCCCUGCACACCCCCAUCGUGGUGACCUCCACACCUGCCAUCACUCCAGGCACCUCGAACCUCGUCUUCACCUAUCCCAGCGUCCUGGAGCAGGAGUCGCCCGCAUCGCCCUCGGAGUCCUGCUCCAAGGCUCACCGCAGAAGCAGUAGCAGUGGGGACCAGUCAUCAGACUCCUUGAACUCCCCCACCCUGCUGGCUCUGUAACCCAGUGGCCCGGGGUCCUCAUCACUGCCUCCUUCCCAGGGACCAGCACCUUCAAGCGCUCCAGGGCUGUGAGGGCACACGGGGGCUUCUGCCGAGAGCUUCCUGGCUCUGGGGAGACUGAGGUGGCAUUUGGCAGUGAGGUGCUGGAGGGCUUGGAUGAUCUCUUAGAAGUCCUGGAACCUCCUCCCUUGUUCAUCUUGCAAAGUAAAUCCUGCUUCUUGAAAUGCCUUGGAGGACUUCGUUUUGUGGACUCGGGCAUCUCUGUGGCUUCUGAAGAGCCUGAAGCUGGUGUGGACCAUUUCUUUCCCUUUGUUACGAAAUGUCUCUGGAGUGACGGUGUCCUUCCCUGCCCCACCAAGCAUGCUUGGUGCCUUUUGGUUUCACCUCCCCUCUACUUGCCCCUUCCAUCCCCCAGUGUGAAUUUCACUUCCUCUUGGUUUUUAUCAAAUUUGCCAUGACAUUUCAUCUGGGUGGUCUGAAUAUUAAAACUCUUCAUUUCUGGAGAUGGGGCAGCAGGUGGCUCUUCUGCUGGGGCUGACUUGUCCAGAAGGGGACAGUCAAUGUGCAAUACAGAACCUUCCCUCCCCUGACCCUCCCCGGCCACUACCAUCUCCAGAAGCACCUGCAGAGCUACGUGAGCUCUCGAGGAGAUGCUACCACCACUGGGAGGUCUCAGAGGACCCUUCCUCCCCAUUCUCCGAGACGGCUCUUGGAGGAGCAGCUUGGCCAGAAGACAGGGUGUGAGAGAGACAGCUGGGGCACAGGUUGUGUUUGCCAAACGCCUAAUUAACAGGCCAGGAAUAGUGCCAAGAAGCCACACGGUGUUCCAGCCGGCUUCCCUUCACCUGUGUUUUGAGCAGGACAGCUCCUGUAAUUACUGCCUCGCUACUCUGCCCCUGGACCCUUCUCUCCAGACCAGGGAGGUGUCCCUCCCUCGGAACCACACAUCACUCCACGUCCCUGCCGGCUCCGCCCUCCCCCACCCUGGCUCUCGGGGUGACGCCACCCACAGAGAUUUAAUGAGCUUGGGCCUGGACCCUCCCCAGAUUGCUGCCAGGUGGCCCCUCCCCAAGCUUCAAAGGCACUUUUGCUGUGGAUGGGAAGGCAGGGGAGGGAGGCAAGUGGAGUCGAUUCACCUCUCACCAGCCCUGGUACCUGGCUUGCCCUGCCCUGGCUGCUCACCUCUCUGAAGUGCCCAUUGCCAUCUGAUGGAUCAAGUGCUUUCUCUUUAUAUGCCCCACCCCCCUCGCCCCAGGGUGCUCUUCGGCUCCCACAGCUGGCCCAGAGCUGUGCUCUGGUUUGUGCACCAUUCCCGGGGGCUGCUGAAAUGGGAGAUGGGAUGUGAUGUUUCUCACUGCCGGAGAGCUGUCCUCCUUUCCACGGGGGGAGGGUGGGGAAGGGAUCCCCCAAAUAGAACAGUGCAGCACAGCUCAGCAUGCUCCCUGCUUCCCACCCCCCUGAGCCGCCUUCUCCCCAGGGCAUGGCCCCUGAUUUAGAAUUGGCCUCUGCUGGGCCAGUGCUCUGAGGGAGCCCCUGCUGUCGCGAUCCUGGCUCUAGACAUUAGUGUAUGAUAAUUUAAAACGAUGUAGCUGUUAUUUAAGCCCAGCCCAGUGGGGGUUAAAGGAGAGAGCGAUGGCACUUAGCUCACUUGCUCCUUUCACACGCCUGGGCCUCUGCUGGUCCUUAAUGUCCGUUACCUGCUAGACACGCAGAAUUGAGUGGCUUAUGCUUAAAGCACAGCCCACCAGGACUGGACGUGGCGAGUGGAAGGAGGGGGGGUUGAAAGAAAAAGGAGAUUCAAAGUACUUUACAAUGUCACUCCCUGCAUUCCUUGACGGUGCUGCCCUGGAGUUUCCAGGGGGGCUGGGAGAGGCUGCCCAGUCAGAAGGGGCAGUUGGGUUUCCAGCUUCAGGUUAAUCAGAGAAGCAGAGUCAGGAAGGAGUGGCAGGAAAAUGGGGUGCUCUCAGCUCUGAAGAGCUUCAUCAUCUCAAGUGGUGUUUGUGGCCAAGUGGGAACUAUUUGCUUCUACGUCUCUCUCUCUCUCUCUCUCAAAUGAAGCUGCUUUCUGAUGUUUCAUUUCUAAAGUCUCUUUAUGCCCUCGUUUGCACAGCACUGAUCCCAGUUCAGGUCACAACCUGUGAUGUGGGGACAGGCUGGACAUUCCUGAGAUGGAGUCUGGCUUUAGUUCGGAUUUCAAGCUGUGCUGGCUUCGGGGCCAGCAGGAGGCAACAACCCAGCCACCUCACAGGACUCAGAGGCCUCUGAGCUGCGUUCCCAAUCGGGGGGGCCCCUGGCUUUGUUCUAGGAGGUGGUUUGGAGGUUUGGGGGAAGGCUGACUGUCACACCUAAGAUGAGAGCACAUCCUCAGGUACUUCCUCUGGCUUGUUCUCCAAGUUCCCGCACACGCCCCCUUGCUCCAGAAUCGCCAGACACCAGGCCCGCCGCUUCCUGCCCCGUGGCUCCAGCUAAGGGAACAGCUGCGGCGGGGCCUUGCCAUGGCCCGGGAACCGCUGUGCUUCCCCUGUGUCCCCAGCCGCGAGGCAGCUGGGGUGGACUCCAGCUGGGCUGCAGGCAGCUCUGGGACAGCAUAGGGCAGGCACUCCUUGACAAGCUGGUGUGACUCACAGUCGUCUUGGCCGCCUGGCUGGCCUCUCUGGGAACAGUCCUCUUCCUGGCUGGGUGGACAGGGAUAGCUGCUGACCCAGGAAAGAGAAGAGGUCCCAGGUGAAGCUUAGGAAAUUGCUGGAGCCAGCUCUAGGCAGAGAAUUCGCUGGGGAGGUUUUCAGAAAGAAAUCACUGUUCUGCCUUCUGUGAAAGGCCAGGUGUGUCCACUGUGGCCAGUCACACAGGCGUCUCAGAGCCAAGAGCCAUCAGAGGCUGCGGCCGCCCUUUCUCAGGCUUCGGGGAAAGGAGUUUCCUGUCUGCUCCCACUUGGCUCCAAGUGUAAGGGUGGCCUUAACUCCAUACGUGCUGGGAACUUACCUCCCCUGUCCUUGAUGGCCCAACAGUGCUCCUUGCAAUUUCACCUUUUAACUUUCAGGUUGAUUUCCUUCCUGAUCGGAUAUCUGUGUGGCCCCUUUAAGCAGGAAAAGAAUAAGCACCUACUAUGUGCCAGGCACUGUGUUAGGCACUUUUAAAUAUGCUCUCUUUAGGAUGAGGGCCUGCCUUAUUAAAGGCCCCCAAGACAUGGAUAAACAAAAACUUGGAGAUGAGAAGGUCUUUCUUCAAAAAUCCAAGGCAAGAUUGUUGUCAGUCUGAGGUUCAUUCUCAAAGACCUACCCCCUACAGUACCCUUCCACCUCUAAAUUUCUUCUUUUCUCUCUGCCCCGUGAUGUGCUCCUUUGCACUCUUUAGAUGGUUGGAGGGGUAAUCUGUCCUCAUAGAAUUUGUGGACCAAUAGGAUAUGUAUAACUUGCUUUUAAAAAUGUAAGUAAAGGGGUCUUGCUUACUUUCUGCUUGUUGAGUCUCUUUGGCAUUCAUCUUAAAAGCCAGCAUCUCACUAUUUAUUGACAGGUUGGGGUGUGCGUGUGUGUAUGUGUGUGUGUGUGUGUGUGUAUACAUUUCCAGGUGUGCCCAUGUCCUCCUGCAGCUUUUAAAAAGGAAACCCAGUCAUCCCACCACUAAUUUGACAUCUCCUAAUGCUUCUAGUGUUCUGGCCGAACAUCCACAAAGGGUUUUAAUUUUCCAGUGCCGACAUGUUCAGGAGGUACCGGGUCAAAUUUUGAGGAGGGUAUGGGAAGGGGAGAGGGAGAAGAAAUGGACAUUUAUUUUAUUAUUUAUUUUAAAUGUUUACAUCUUUGUGUUAUACCCAGCCCGGAUAGAAACAGAUAGCAUUAAAGUACUCAGUUCCUCUCUCCCUCUCUUCCUAAUUUUUUUUUUUUUUAAAUUUAGGCUAAUGAUGUUUUGUUGUUUCUAAAAUGAUUUGUGACUUGUGCUGUAUAAACUGUAUAAAAAAGUUCUGUUUUUAAAGAUGGACUGUCAUUCCCCUGGGGACAAUGGUCCCCAAGAAGUCUACAUCGUGAGAGAACACAACAAAAGAUCCUGCCCUGUUCCUUAAAAAUUAUUUUCUCUGUAUGAUUAAAAGUUUAUUCCAGUUA